AUGCCCCCGCGGGGCUUUGUUUGGUCACAUCAUCCUGACUGGGAGAAGCGAGUGGACCAGCGCGGCAGGUUCUACUAUGUGGACCACAACACCAGAACCACUACAUGGCAGAGGCCCACGGCCGAGUCUGUGCGCAACUACCAGCAGUGGCAGAGCCAGCGCAGCCAGCUGCAGGGCGCCAUGCACCAGUUCAGCCAGCGCUUCCUCUACCAGCCGUCCGGAGCGCCGGUGGAGAAUGACCCUCUGGGCCCGCUGCCUCCCGGAUGGGAGAAGCGUCAAGACAAUGGCAGAGUGUACUUCGUCAACCACAACACGCGGACGACGCAGUGGGACGAUCCUCGGACCCAAGGGAUGAUCAAGGAGCACCCCCUGCCCCCUGGCUGGGAGAUGAAGUACACCGCAGAGGGAGUACGAUAUUUUGUGGACCACAACUCGCGCACCACCACCUUUAAAGACCCCAGACCCGGGUUUGAGUCAGGGUCGCGGCAGGGCGGGUCACCCGGUGCCUACGAUCGCAGCUUCAGGUGGAAGUACCACCAGUUCCGUUUCCUCUGUCAUUCCAACGCUUUGCCCAGCCAUGUGAAGAUCUCCGUGUCCAGGCAGACGCUGUUUGAAGACUCAUUUCAGCAGAUCAUGAAUGUGAAGCCGUACGAUCUUCGCCGCCGACUCUACAUCAUCAUGAGGGGAGAGGAGGGGCUGGACUACGGCGGCAUCGCCAGGGAGUGGUUCUUCCUCCUGUCCCACGAGGUCCUGAACCCCAUGUACUGUUUGUUUGAGUACGCCGGCAAAAACAACUACUGUCUCCAGAUCAACCCUGCGUCCUCCAUCAACCCCGACCACCUCACCUACUUCCGCUUCAUCGGACGCUUCAUCGCUAUGGCUUUGUACCACGGAAAGUUCAUCGACACGGGCUUCACGCUGCCGUUCUACAAGCGGAUGUUAGACAAGAAACCCACCCUCAAAGACCUGGAGUCCAUCGACCCGGAGUUCUACAACUCCAUCAUGUGGGUCAAGGAGAACAACCUGGAGGAGUGUGGAGUAGAGCUGUACUUUGCGCAGGACAUGGAGAUCCUGGGGAAGGUUUCCACCCACCAGCUGAAGGACGACGGGGAGAACGAGCUGGUCACGGAAGAGAACAAGGAGGAGUACAUCAGCCUGCUGACGGACUGGAGGUUCACCCGCGGCGUGGAGGAGCAGACCAAGGCCUUCCUGGACGGCUUCAACGAGGUGGUUCCUCUGGAGUGGCUGCGCUACUUCGAUGAGAAGGAACUAGAGCUGAUGCUGUGCGGGAUGCAGGAGAUCGACAUGUCCGACUGGCAGAAGAACACGAUCUACAGACACUACACCAAGAACAGCAAGCAGAUCCACUGGUUCUGGCAGGUGGUGAAGGAGAUGGACAACGAGAAGAGAAUCCGGCUGCUCCAGUUCGUGACGGGAACCUGCCGGCUGCCGGUGGGCGGCUUCGCUGAGCUGAUAGGAAGUAACGGUCCCCAGAAGUUCUGCAUAGACAAAGUGGGGAAGGAGACUUGGCUUCCAAGAAGCCACACAUGCUUCAAUCGUCUGGAUCUGCCACCGUACAGAAGCCUGGAGCAGCUCCGCGAGAAACUUAUGUUCGCCAUCGAGGAGACGGAGGGAUUCGGGCAGGAGUGACGCAGCUUUACGCCGGCGAGGGGGCAAAGCUUCAAUUUUUGUUUUGUUUUAUUUUUUCGUUCUUAUUUUGAGUUUGUUAAUCACAGAUCUUGGGAUCAGCCGUCGUCCGAGGCUCCUCACGUCUGUUUGUGAACCGAAUCGUUCAGAAUCGGAGGCACAAAAACACACAGCAAGAAUGUGUAUGUGUGUGUGUGUGCGUGCGCAUGCCAGUGCAUGCGUGCACGCGCGCGGUCGUCCAUGUUAAUGCCAUUGUGUUUAUGAAUAUAGAUGGUGUGUGUAUGUCUGUGUGGG